CUUACAGCUGCGCCGCCGAGACCACUACGGUGCGCCCUUUCUAUCUCAUCCUUUCUUUUUUCCCCUGCACCCCUCUCUUCCGCCUUCAUACUUUCACGACUGGACGACUUGAGAUUAUGGCCCCGCCGGACGACACGCAAUUGGAGGACGAUGUUGUCGUACAACCCAUCACUGUGCCGGAUACGGGCGAUGCUGGCGAGAGCGGCAAGCUGAAGAUGAUUGUCCAGUUGCUCAAGAAAUGCCUCGGAGUGAAGGAUAUUGCCUCGAUGCGGUUGUCACUGCCAGCAUCACUGCUAGAGCCCAUUCCAAACCUGGAAUACUGGCACUAUCUCGACCGCCCAGAUCUGUUCGCGGCCAUUAACGAUUCUGACGAUCCCUUCGAGCGCAUGCUUGCAGUCCUGCGGUUCGCCUUCUCGAAAGACCUCAAGUUCAUCCGCGGCAAGGUAUGCAAGCCAUACAACUCUGUCCUUGGCGAGCACUUUCGUUCGCAUUGGGAUGUAAUACCCGUCUCGUACCCGUCCGAUCCCCUCCAGCCGCCCAUACAACACCUCUUCCUCACGCCUGCCGCGGCCGAGUCCGAUUACUCCCUUGCGCCCGCGUCCCCGCGCAACUCCCGCCUCUGCGUGUCCGAAACAGCGAGCAUCAGCGGGCGGAGCAUAAAGAGCGGGCGGAGCGUCAUCAGUGCGCUCAGCGUCGGCAUGUCCACCCCGGGCAAGAGCACGCCCGCGACAUCGCCAAGCCUUGGCAGCUCGAGCCUUGAGGGUGACAUGUCAAACCUCAACCUCGCGGACGACGCGUCUAGUCGGACCGAGCUCGUUGAGGCAGAUGAUGUGCCUAACGCGGCUGGGCGUCCACGCGUGAGGAUUGCGUUCCUCACGGAGCAGGUGUCGCACCAUCCACCGAUCUCCGCGUACUAUGCGCGCUGCCCAAGCCGCAAUGUCGAGCUCAUGGGCGUCGACCAGAUUUCGGCGAAGGUGUCCGGCACCGCGCUGCGCAUUGUGCCCGGCUCGUACAAUAAGGGCCUUUUCGUGAAGCUCACCGGCGGGCCCGGCGAGGGCGAGACGUAUCGCAUCACACACCCGAUCGGCGCAGUGAAUGGCAUGUUCCGUGGCAGCUUCUACAUCACGAUGGGCGAGGCGACGAUUAUCGAGUGCUCAGGUGGCGCGGACGACGACGACGACGAACGGCUGCGCGCGGUGAUCGAGUACAAGGAGGAGUCAUGGCUAGGCAAGGCGCAUUUCCUCGUCGAGGGCGUGAUCCACACCUACGACCCGCGUGGAAGCGCGCACCAGGAGUGGACGCGCGUGAAGCAUGUCCCACGCGAACGCGUGCUCGCGACACUCGAUGGCUCGUGGAAGCAUCGCAUCCGCUGGAGGCGCGCGAAUGCGGCGAGCAACGAGCCCGCGACGCUCCUCGACCUGUCGACGCUCCACGUCAUCCCAAAGGCGGUGCGGCCGCUUGAGAAGCAGCUGCCCGACGAAAGCAGGAAGCUAUGGGACAAUGUGACGACGCGGCUGCUUGCGAAGGAGUAUGGCGAGGCGACGAGGCACAAGCAGGCUAUUGAGCAGCGACAGCGGGACGAGGCCGCGGAGAGGAAGCAGAAGGGCAUACAAUUUGUGCCGAGAUACUUUGAGAACGACAUCGAUUCCGGGAUACCCACAUUAACUGCAGAAGGCCACAGGGCCCUGGAAGAGGAGCUAAAGGAGGACAUUGUAUACCCGCUGGAAGGCAUGGAGCCAGCAGAGUCCCAAGACAUGAAUACAUCAUCUACUACCCUAUAGCCAGCACCGUUGAAUGCACGACCCCACGCACCCUGGUAUUACACGAUCUCACGCAUAUCGCCAUGCUUUCACGCCUUCCUAUCUCGUUACUUACGCGUUAAUACAUCUUUGCAAGGACGCUUGAUAAUCUGGAUUAAAUAGCAAUACCUUAUGACAAAGCUGUGGCCUUGGCGUGCUCACUCGGUUCUCCCUCCUGGAGACACAUUCUGCUCCGAGGAACUUGAUCCCACGGAAGAUGAGGGUGAGGCUGAAGUAGGAAAGAUACGGUCCGCCGAUGCGGCCUUAUGAGUCACUCUUGGAUUCCUUUUGCUC